AUGGCGGUUGCAGUUCAACAACCGUCGUUGCUCGAAAUAAGUGAUAAUGCCAUAUUUUUGAACCAUAAAUCAUCAGAAGAAAUUACGAUUGAUUUCGAAUAUGACGAGUUUGAAGAUAUCACAUAUGUUGCGAGCGGUGGAUAUGGUGAUGUGUUUCAUGCUCAUUGGAAAAGGACAGGAGAAAAGGUCGCUCUGAAACGCAUCACUAAUAGAUUAGACGAACGACGAAAGCGAGAAUUUAGGCGUGAGCUGAAUGCGAUGAAAAAUGUGUGUGUUAAGAAGAAUCCUUAUGUUAUACAAUUCUUUGGUUUAACUCGAGACCCAUGUGAUAAUUAUGUCAUGAUAAUGCAAUACGCGAAUGGAGGAAAUCCAAGAGAGUAUCUGAAGGCUAAUCAUGAAAGUAUGACGUGGGAUGAAAGGAUCAAUUUGGCCAUUGGAAUAGUUGAAGCAUUGGAAUUCGUCCAUCGGCAUGGCAUAUUGCAUCGUGAUCUGAAUGUGCUAAUUCACGACGGAAAGCCAAUUCUGUGCGACUUUGGCUUAUCAAAAUCGUAUGAUGACACGGAUUCAUCUCAUGGAGUUUACGGAGUUAUUCCUUAUAUCGAUCCGCUGCGUUAUGAUGGACACGCUUAUGGCGAAGCUUCUGAAGUUUAUGGCAUUGGCGUCUUGCUUUGGGAGAUAUCCAGUGGACGUGUUCCAUUCUCUGACCGCACAACGGAUCCACAAUCCUUAAUUGGAUCGAUAAUUCGUGGAGAGAGGGAAAACCCAAUUUCGGGCACUCCUAUAGAUUAUGCGAAUUUAUAUGAGGAUUGUUGGAGUUCAUGUGCUCAAG